GCAGAGUUUUGGGUCUCUAGGAUUCAUCUCAUCGAGGUUUUGCAUCGUUCUUUGGACAUGAAUUUGUGUUUAUACAUUCAUGUUUGUCAAUGAAUCCCAUCGAGCUGUGCACUUCUGUUGAUUUGUUCUUCAGGACUUUUUGCCAAUCAUGGGCUAUGCUCUAUGCCACGCUCUCUUGUGUCUCUUACAUGAAAGUUGCCACUACCGUUCUUCCAGAGCUCACAAAGUUUGGGCAUCUCCUGAAGUUUGUGGAUUUGGGACACACAGAAGCAGUUGCGGCCCUUUUGAUCUUCAGCAUUGCGGUCCUUCCUCUUUGUUGUUUGACACGCAUUGGCCCUUUGUCCUAUUUCUCCUCGUUUGCCAUUGCUGUGACCUGUCUCAUGGUCUUCUAUGUGUCAGAUGUGUCAGUGAAGACCGUAGACCAGCCAUCCCACACCACGGAGCAUGAAGUGCUUGCAGCACUGCCAGCAAUGACAGUGGCCUUCACAGCACAUUACAAUGGGCCACGGUACUUCAAUGAAUUGAACCGAGAUCUUCACAGAUUUGGAUGGACUUUGAUUUGGGUCUUUCUUCUCUCAGGGCUCAUUUACUUGCUCUUUGGCAAUCUGGGUUUUCGGAUGUUUGGGACAGACACAAAGAGCGAUUUCUUGGCCAACUUGGACAAGAGCGCUGGAAAUUGCUUCAGAUGAGGAUAUCUCAUCAUCCUGUGGGCAGACUUUCCAAAGGUCUUCAAUGGGAUACGAGAACCUGUUUGCAACUAUGUGAAGGGCUCACAAAUGAUGAAGCAGCAACGCUGAAUGGGCUUAAUUGGUUUGGGCUUGCCUGGCCUAUCUUCUCGAAGCUUUUUGAUUACACUGUAGCAUUGUUUGCUUUCAUCUCUAUUUUGACCUACAUCUUGGUCAUUCAUUCCCAUGACACACUAGAAGCUAUUCUAAAUCUGAAAGGCAUCACUUUUGGAAUUCCCAUGGUGUACAUCUUCCCUUUGAUCUUUCGGAUCCUCUUGGACCAGUCGAUGAGAUCGAUUCACCUGCUACUGCUACUGUGUGUCUUCGUCGCUUACAUCGAAAUCGUCAUGCAUCAGUUCAAGUCCCAGAACGAGUCUCAUUGAAGGAUCGAAGGCGUUGACUUCUGACCAGCGGUUCGAUGAAAGCAAUGCUCACACAGCGAAUUUUUUUGACUCAAGAAUAACCUCCGGCUGACGAGGCAUCGC